AUGGCUCUGAAAAGAAUUAAUAAAGAAUUGCACGACUUAGGGCGAGACCCACCUUCGUCUUGCAGCGCUGGUCCUAUUGGAGAAGAUCUUUUUCAUUGGCAAGCAACGAUUAUGGGCCCUACCGAAUCUCCAUACACUGGUGGUGUAUUUUUUCUUGCCAUCCACUUUCCAACAGAUUAUCCAUUCAAACCACCAAAGGUUAAUUUUACAACAAGAAUCUACCAUCCGAAUAUCAACAGUAAUGGAAGUAUAUGCCUAGAUAUUCUAAGAGAUCAGUGGUCACCUGCUCUUACCAUUUCGAAAGUGCUCUUGUCUAUUUGCUCGAUGUUGACUGACCCUAACCCAGACGAUCCGCUUGUACCUGAAAUUGCUCAUGUUUAUAAGACCGACCGCGCCCGUUAUGAAGCGACAGCUCGAGAAUGGACGCGCAAAUAUGCUA